CAACCCAAGCCAAAAGCCAUAGAUGCAAUCAGCAGCAAAUAAAAGGUAAACCAACAACAUGAUCCUGAAAAGCUCGAUCUUGACAGCGUUGGUGCUGCCAUUCUUAGCUGUCGCCAUGGAGUGGCAACCACGCUCCUCCUAUAACGCUUUCGGUGACGAGAAUCUCGGUAGACACCAUCCCAUUGUAUUUUCCAACGAAACACACGGCUUUCUUCUUGGAGGAACGACGCUCAACGAAAGUGCUGCCAACGAUUUUUAUCUGUACGAGGAAGCCACCGACACUUGGACUCGUCUUCCCACGCCACCUUGGACUCCACGAUCCUUUGGUUAUGGCGUGGUACUGAACCAAUGGAAGCAUCCCAAGGCCUAUUUGGGAUUUGGAGCAGCGGCUAAUGGACAACGAUUGAAUGACUUGUGGGAAUUUGACAUGACGACGUAUGAAUGGAAGCAGCUCUCUUCACUCCCUGGAAUGGGCCGACGCCAUCCCUCCAUGGUUCCAGUGCUCUUGUCGACGGGAGAGUGGCAAUUGCAUGUAGGAUUGGGAGAUGGAUUUUUGGGCAAUGAUCCGGAUCAAUUCACCAACCUCAACGACUACUGGGCCUAUGAUGUCGCAAAAGAUGAAUGGGAUCGGCUACCCGACUUUCCAGCAAGUCGACGGCAUCAUCCCUUCUUUUUUGGCAUUGGUUCCGUUAGUUACACUGGUUUGGGGCAUUCGGAUGGACAAGAUCCUUAUAUUGAACGAGAUUUCUACUCGUUCCAUGCCGACGACAAUUCGCAAUGGGUGCAAGAGGUUGAUUUUGCAUCCUAUGUCGACGAUACACUCAUGACAACCGAAGCCAGGGUGGCUGGGACGGAAUUUUCCGUUGUCUUGCCACUGGAAGGACAGCCAGACAACUCACUGCAAGGAGCAAUUGGAUUUGUCUUGUCGGGAGAUGGAGAUGAUCACGGGAGCAUGGAAACUGGAGAAUUUCAUGCCUUUUAUCCGGCAUCCACAACAGAAACGAAGCAUUGGCAACAGCUGCCUCCCCAUCCGGGGCACUCUCGAUGGGCUCCAGGCUCCUUUGUCAUGCGAGGUACCGCCAGGGUCUACUUUACCAGUGGAUAUGAUCGAGAAACCAAGACACUGCAAUCGGAUGUGUGGACCAUUGAUUUGUCCACGUUGUGGCAACCAGCAGAACCGGACACAGACACUCCGACGCUAUGGCCCACUGAGACGCAGUGGCCCACUGUCUCCACCAGUGAUGUCUUUAUUGCAGAAACAAUGUCAUCGAGCGCCACCUCCACGGUGACAACCAGCAGCAUCAGGGUCUUGACAACCAUUUUGGCCCUCAUUGUCACAAUGAUGCAUUGACAAGACGAGGAAAGAUAACUUGAAGCGGUGGGCGACAAUUUGCUUUGGUUCACUGUUCUGGGCUGAAAGCUGCUUCAAUUGUGGGGGCGAAGAUCAACAGAAGGAAGACAUACUUCUAAAGAUACAAACGUAAGCAGGGAAGCACCACAACAGGGAAUGUAGUAAUUCUA